AUGAAGUCGACUUCUAAGUCGCGGGAAACAUGCUUCCUGCACGAAACCGCCGACCUCCACGCAGCUGUCGUCUCCAGUGAACCGUACACAGGUUUUACGCAGGCAGAGCUGCAUGCAGGACCAGGCGUACUGGCGCAGCCUGAGACCCUCCCUCAACCCCUGCUGUUCACGCCACCCCCACUGUUCACGACACCCACACUGUUCACGCCACCCCCCACCCCGCUGUUCACGCCACCCCUACUGUUCGGGACAACCACACUGUUCACGACACCCCUACUAUUCUCGCCACCCACACUGUUCACGACACCCAUACUGUUCGCGACACCCCCACUGUUCACGACACCCCCACUGUUCGCGACAACCACACAGUUCACGACACCCACACUGUUCACGACACCCCCACUGUUCACGACACCCAUACUGUUCACGACAACGACACUGUUCGCGACAACCACACAGUUCACGACACCCACACUGUUCACGACACCCCCACUGUUCGCGACAACCACACUGUUCACGACACCCCUACUAUUCUCGCCACCCACACUGUUCACGACACCCACACUGUUCACGACACCCAUACUGUUCACGACACCCCCACUGUUCGCGACAACCACACAGUUCACGAUACCCACACUGUUCACGACACCCCCACUGUUCGCGACAACCACACAGUUCACGACACCCACACAGUUCACGAUACCCCCACUGUUCGCGACAACCACACCGUUCACGACACCCACACUGUUCACGACAACCACACUGUUCACGAUACCCCCACUGUUCACGAUACCCCCACUGUUCGCGAUACCCCCACUGUUCACGAUACCCCCACUGUUCACGACAACCACACUGUUCACGAUACCCCCACUGUUCACGAUACCCCCACUGUUCACGACAACCACACUGGUCACGAUACCCACACUGUUCACGAUACCCCCACUGUUCACGACAACCACACUGUCCACGACACCCCCACUGUUCGCGACAACCACACUGUUCACGACACCCACACUGUUCACGCCACCCCCCAUCCCGCUGUUCACGCCACCCCUACUGUUCACGACACCCACACUGUUCACGAUACCCCCACUGUUCGCGACAACCACACUGUUCACGACACCCCCACUGUUCGCGACAACCACACUGUUCACGCCACCCCCCACCCCGCUGUUCACGACACCCCUACUGUUCACGACACCCACACUGUUCACGAUACCCUCACUGUUCGCGACAACCACACUGUUCACGACACCCCCACUGUUCGCGACAACCACACUGUUCACGACACCCCCACUGUUCGCGACAACCACACAGUUCACGACACCCACACUGUUCACGACACCCCCACUGUUCGCGACACCCACACUGUUCACGACACCCCCACUGUUCACGACAACCACACUGUUCACGAUACCCACACUGUUCACGAUACCCCCACUGUUCGCGACAACCACACAGUUCACGACACCCACACCGUUCACGACACCCCCACUGUUCGCGACAACCACACUGUUCACGACACCCACACUGUUCGCGACAACCACACUGUUCUUGCCACCCACACUGUUCUCGCCACCCACACUGUUCUCGCCACCCACACUGUUCUCGCCACCCACACUGUUCUCGCCACCCACACUGUUCUCGCCACCCACACUGUUCUCGCCACCCAUACUGUUCACGACACCCACACUGUUCACGACACCCACACUGUUCUCGCCACCCACACUGUUCUCGCCACCCACACUGUUCUCGCCACCCACACUGUUCGCGACAACCACACAGUUCACGAUACCCACACUGUUCUCGCCACCCACACUGUUCUCGCCACCCAGACUGUUCACGAUACCCACACUGUUCUCGCCACCCACACUGUUCACGACACCCAUACUGUUCACGACACCCCCACUGUUCACGACACCCCCACUGUUCACGACACCCCCACUGUUCACGAUACCCACACUGUUCUCGCCACCCACACUGUUCUCGCCACCCAUACUGUUCACGAUACCCACACUGUUCUCGCCACCCACACUGUUCACGACACCCAUACUGUUCACGAUACCCCCACUGUUCACGACACCCCCACUGUUCACGAUACCCACACUGUUCUCGCCACCCACACUGUUCACGACACCCAUACUGUUCACGACACCCCCACUGUUCACGACACCCCCACUGUUCACGAUACCCACACUGUUCGCGACAACCACACAGUUCACGACACCCACACUGUUCACGACACCCCUACUGUUCGCGACACCCACACAGUUCACGACACCCCCACUGUUCACGACACCCCCACUGUUCGCGACAACCACACUGUUCACGACACCCACACUGUUCACGACACCCCCACUGGUCUCGCCACCCACACUGUUCACGACACCCACACUGUUCACGACACCCAUACUGUUCACGACACCCACACUGUUCCCGACACCCACAUUCACAUGA